GUAGGCCAACCUUGGGAAUUUUAAAAAAAUCUUGUGCAGUAAAACGAAGAAGUCUUUAAAUUCUCUGCUGAUUCCACCACUUCCGUUCACAUGACAAUCCGUAAUGUUUUUUAAAGGAGCUUUUAAGAAGGAUAAUCUACUGGCACCAAAUUAUGAUUCAGAAAUGUAUGAGGAACAUAAUUGUUUUGAGGCAUGAUAUUAGUUCCCCUACUUGUGAUACCAUAAGAGAUAAAGAAACCAAGAGAUAAAAGAUAAAAAAUGGCGGGUAUUGUUAUGGACACAAAGAUACACCCCUCAGAGAAAUAUGACAGGGUUAAAUUUCGUUCAGACCAAGGGGGAGCAGGACCGUCGACCUUGACCGAGAGAAAAUACCAACAGGACCGAUACUACGAGAUACAGACUGAUUUGACGUUAGAAGAGGCUCGAUACUCAGAAAUGCGCAAAAAGAUUCCAGGACUUGGUCGCAUUCCUAAAGAUCGCAUAGAUAGACAGAGCAAAGAAUCUGACUUCCAUAAAAGAAAUCAAGCACAUCUAUGUUUUGUGAAACAAAAUUUUCACGAAAUUGAGUGUAGCAAAUUUGUACCAGAUCCUGAAAAGAUUGGGGUAAAAAAGAUCAGGGAUUUAAAGUGUCAUUGUGGAGAAAUUUUUACAGAGCAUGUUGGGAUUUCUAACGCCCGAAACUUUGCUGAAAGGGAACUUGUGGAAACAUUUCUUGUUCCUGAAGAGUUGCGAAGCCACAUAAAUUAUGGAAACCUCUUUAAUGCUCCUCCAGAAAAUUUAGCAUCAAUUCUAUCCCAAGUUACAUGGACUAAAGAGGAUGCUUUCAGAAAAACGUCUUGUUCGACGUUUGGCAAAAUCUGUUUCGUAAACUAUGAAAACUCCAAACCUGCCAAGUAUAUUCGACUAAGUCACAAUGACUCGGUAGACAGAUGCCUGGAACUAAUGGAUAAACACUGGAAAAUAAUGGAACCCAAACGUCCAAGCUUGUGUAUAUCUGUAAUAGGAGGGGCAAAGAGCUUCAAGCUGGACAACAAGAUGAGAGAAACCUUCAACACUGGUCUCAUUAAGGCAGGAAAGUCAACCAACGCUUGGAUGAUUACGACUGGAUCAAACGUUGGGGUGAUGAAGGCUGUCGGAAAUGCGGUCAGUGAGGGACAGUCCUUUCUAUGGGAUAACGACAGAAUCACCCACACCCUGCGACUUAUCGGAAUAGGGCCAUGGGGAUAUGUCAAAGACAGGAAAAACUUGGAGAGUGACGGAAAUGGCUGUUUCCCGGUGCAUUUUCAGACCAGCAACAUUAUUCAACAUGGUAAGCCUGUGCCCUUAAAUCCAAAUCACACACACUUCGUGUUUGUGGACGAUGGAUUCAGGAACAAUUAUAAAGGAGCAUCGAAGUUUCGGGCUUUAUUUGAGCAGAAAGUCUCUAAACCAACACAAGCUGGUGGGUUAGGAAUACCAGUUGUGUUGGUGAUCUUAGAGGGCGGGACUGACGCUAUCAAUGACGCUAUGGUGUCUCUCAAUCACAAUAUUCCUGUUGUCGUCUGUUCAGGAACGGGCCGGGCGGCAGAUAUCCUGGCCUAUGCUUAUUCUCACACACGUAGCAGCAAAGGGGUGCUGAAAUCAAAACAUGAAAUCAAACUGAGAGACAAGAUAAAUGAAGCCUACGGGGGGAGAUGGAAGGAGAACGAAAUUGAUAAGAAUAUAGAAAUUCAUUUUACCAAUGUCAUGAAAUGCAUGGAACACAGAAAUUUGAUUAAUAUCUUUCCAAUGAACAAACAUGAAGACCUCGAUAUUGCCAUUCUUACGGCCUUGCUGAAUUCUAAAGCUGCAGAGGAUUCUUUUGAAAUCCGGAAGAACCAACUGCAGUUGGCAUUGACCUGGAACAGAGCUGACAUCGCCCAAGAAGAGAUCUUCAGGGAAGAUGUGUUGUGGCCACCAAGGAGUUUAGAUGACAUUCUAAUGGAAGCAAUCAUCGAAGAAAAGGUAGAGUUUGUUGCAUUGAUUUUACAACAAAACGUAGGGAUGAAGGAGUUUCUCUCGAAGGAGAGGUUACAACAACUUUACCAAAAGUCAUUACUUCGAGCGGACGCAGAUCAUCUAAAGAAAUUGAUGAGUAGUAAAACUCGCCGCUCAACGUUUUCAUACGACAAUCUUAAACGCUUAAUGGAGUCCCUGAUGUACAAAUACGACCACGAUAUAGAGGAAAGGAAAACUAAUGACAAUAUAACAGGGAGAAAAUACUCCUUAGACUUGAAACCCGAGAAGCCACAACUGCUGUUUAAACAUCCAUAUAAACAGCUGAUGGUUUGGUCCAUUCUAAUGUUAAGACAAAAGAUGGCAAAGUUUGCCUGGCAGAUGGGGAGUGAGCCAAUCACCAGUGCAGUGGCUGCAGCAAGAAUUUAUGGCAGCAUGGCUAAGAAUGUUCAUAGAAAUGAAUCCGCAUUGAAAGAAAAAGUGUUGAUUUUUAAAGAUGAGUUUGAGCACUUAGCAAGAAGCGUGAUUGACGAAUGUCAUGCAAAACAGAAGGAGAAGGCGAUGAUGCUGGCGGAAAGGAAGUCUCCUUCCUGGAGUGAAAUGACCAGUCUACAGAUCGCAGCCUCCGGAAAAAACAUGGUUUAUCUCUCCUCUGUAGCUUGUCGAAAUUCGAUCGACGCCACAUGGCGCCGGGGGAUUUUAUCUCGAUGGCAGGUCUUAGUGACUGUAUUUUUCCCUUUCUUGCUGUUUACGCCCUUUUUGAAUGUCGAUGCGAUGGGGGAGAAGAAAGUCAGGACUUUCCAGAAAAUCCUAACGUUUUACACUGCUCCGAUUACAAAGUUUACCCAUUACUCGAUCCUGUACAUUUUCUUUGUGGCUCUAUUUACCUACUUUCUAUUAGUGGACUACCAACCAAACGAAAUCACCACAAUCGAGAGAAUCUGCAUAUUUUGGAUUUUUACAUUCAUUGUAGAUGAAAUUUACACACUACUGACUUUUCCAUCCCCGACUUUUGGUGGAAAGAUAAGAGACUGGUACGGAAUGCUAAAAUGUAUCGACUUGUUCAAUCUAUUGUUCGCGUUAUUAGCAUUUGUAAUUCAGGUCAUUACAAUGCAUACGAACGAGAAUGCGAUUAAUGUCAGGAUUGUAUUCUCAAUCAACUGUAUAAUUUUCUACAUACGAAUAAUGAAGCUGUACACAGCAAACAGCAGUCUUGGACCCAAGCUUGAGAUGAUCAAAAUGAUGUUCGCCGAACUUACGACUUUUCUCUUAGUGGUAAUUGUCUUUCUCGCGGCUUACGGAGUGUCCAGACACUCGCUUCUGUAUGGGCAAACAGAAGCAUCAUGGAAAAUCUUCACAGACAUUUUAUUUCAUCCCUACUGGCAGCUGUAUGGAGAACUUAAAUUUGAGGAAUCAAUGAAAACGGCGGACAACGCUGGAAGUCCAGUUUUAACUCCGACGACUACUUCAUCGAUAUCGGACACUAAGUGUCCUUGUUGGAUUUCAUCAUUACAGAUGAACUUGACGAAUUCAUCGCAAUCGGACCAAGGCUGCCCUUGUUGGUAUUCUUCAGUACAGAAUAGGUUGACCAGUUCAUCGCUAUCAGACAUCGGAUGUCUUUGUUGGAAUUCAUCAAUACAAAUAAACUUCAACAAUUCGUCGAUAUUUGACAUUAACUGUCCGUGCUGGAAUUCCUCAGUACGGAUGAACUUGAUCAAUUCAUCGAUAACGGACAUUGAAUGUCUUUGUUGGAAUGCCCUACCUCAGAAGAACACAAUGAGUCCGCAAAUAUUACACGUGGAGAAUCUAAAUAUCGUAUUGGUAUAUAUUCUGUGUGCAGGAUAUCUCAUCAUCGGCACUAUCCUGUUGUUCAAUCUUCUCAUUGCCAUAUUCAACCACAUCUUUACUAAAGUGGAAGAAAAAUCCAACGAAAUCUGGAAGUUCCAAAUGUACUUCUUAACCAUGGAGUUUGACAAUAAGACUGCAUUGAUUCCCCCAUUGAGUAUAAUCCAUCAUUUGUACCUGUUUUUCAAACUGAUAGCAAGGAAAACUUGCUGUAAGAAGAGCUCUAAAGGAGUUCAGUUUACUGAGCGACAUCUGGAAUAUUUACAACUUUUUGAGACAGAGGAAAUGGCCAACUAUCUGCGGCAUAAGAAAUCAGAACACAAGGAUUCGGCCGAGUCCAAACUUCAGAAAAGGGUUGAGGAACUCUUUAAUCUGGUGGAGGAAGAGUUUACGGCUGAUCAGGAAGAUGUCCUCACACUUCUCAACACAAAGACAGCAAACUUAACGAGAGAGAACACAUCUGAGCGUUUAAUGUUAAAGUCUAAUAGAUGGCCCAAACCAAAGGCUGUAAUUGAGUUUGCCAAGAAGCUAGAAGAGAAGGAAGCCAUGGAGGUGGCAACAGAGACCCUGAAGGAUGAAGAAAAAAUUAAGAGAGCGGGGACAAAGAAGGACAGAAAAUAUAAGAGAAAAUUGAAAGAAGAAAAGAAAAUUUAUGUAACAGACCAAGAAAAUGAAGAAGAGCCUGUAAUUGAAACAGACAUCGAAGCUCGGAUCCAUAUUCCUGAGCCUGGGAUAACUCAGCCUCUUAGACAUUCAAGAAAUCUGUCUCCAUGGACAAUCAACCGCAAACCGGAUAACAGAACUCUUUACACACAUCGGCGUGUGUCAUUACAACGUCAUUCGUCGGGCGACUCGUCUGACAGUGAGGACAACGAACAAGUAAAAUAUCCGGUGCAGUAUAAAACUCUGGGUAUUCCAGCGGAAACCAGUUCAGAAUCAUCACCGAGUGGUUCCGAUACAGGCGUUCCCAGGAUAACGAGGAGACGGUUAUCACUGAGGCGGAUGGAGAGUAGUACGGAAGACGAGCUACGAUCUAGAGCAAAACUUUUUCAAAGAUUUCGUCGAAAUCGACAGCUAUCGGAUUCAGAUUAAUUUUUCAAAUUAAUAGCUAGAUUACAACAACAAUUGACGAGUCAUUUGAAAAUUUAAUCUAUUUAUCAAAGAUUGAAACUAAAAAAACAUGUAGAGCAAUUUAAAUAAGAGCCAGAGCUUUAAUUUCGUUGAGUUAAUAGUAUGCUAAUUGAUAAACCAAAAGCCGAACAAUUAAUCAACUAUAGUUCGUCCCAUUGUACCAUUCCGUGACGUUUUGAUUUAUUCUUUAGCAAAACUACACACACCUAUUAAAGAAUAUUCAAAACAAAAAUGGUUUUUUUUAUUAAAGUAAAAAUUAUUGUUUCAACACUGAUGUAAUUUUCAAAAUCGUCUAUUAAAAAACAAUGUACUGCAUGAUUAUCUCUAUACUGAGUAUAAUAGCAUUAGCCAGUGAAAUGAAUAAUGUUUUAGAUAUUCAUUCAGUAUGUCCCAUAUGUUUUUCAGCAUAUUUUAUAGUACGUUACUGACAUUCUUACUACUUUCCUUCAUCAGGUUCGACAUGUAUAUAUCUACAACAUGUAUAAAUCUACAAAUUUUGGGGCUGUGUGUGUGUGGGGGGGGGGGGGGCGGCGAUG